AUGGAUCAGAAUCUGAGAACAAAAGAUUGGAAUAUUCCAACAAUGGACAGGAGUUUAUCUACAUAUGUCUGGUUUCUUUCUACGUAUUAUGAUGGGAUGUCAUUACCAGGGCGGAUACAAUACGCACUUUACAUUAUUCAAUAUUUUUAUUAUCCUAUCCUGGCUGUCGUUGGUGUCCCUGUAAAUGUAGUGACGAUCUACGUCCUGCUUUAUAAAGCUUGUGGAUUGUCUCCAUGUGUCAGUCGUUACCUGAUGGCGAUGGCAGCGGCAGAUCUGCUGGUCGUUAUCCUCGACCUGAUAUUGAGACACAUUCCGAUUGUUUAUCUGGAACAGUUUUAUUUCCUGGAGUCCAUCCGCGUGUGUAAUAUCCAUGCCGUCCUGCUUUAUGCAGUCACUGACUGCUGUGUAUGGUUUACCGUCACUUUCACCUUUGAUAGAUUUGUGGCCAUUAGUUGCCAGAAGCUGAGAAGUAAAUAUUGCAGGAAGAAAACUGUAGCUGUGGUUCUGGAAACAGUGACUGUGUUAAGCUGUUUAAAGAACAUUUUCUGGUAUUUUAUGUUCUCAGAUCGGUAUCGGCUGAUGAAUGACCCCUGGUUUUGUGUGGUAACAAUCGAUGUUCAAAUGUCACAUGUCUGGGUCCCAAUCGAGUUCCUCCACCACAUUCUAACACCGACUCUCCCAUUUCUCGUGAUUGUGCUGCUCAAUGUUUUCACCGUCAGACACAUUUUAGUGACCAGCAGAGCCCGCAGGAGACUCCGGGCUCACACCAAUGGGGACAAUCAGGAUGACACAGAAAUGCAAAAGCGAAAAAAAUCCAUUGUUUUACUGUUUGUGAUCUUGGCCAAUUUCAUCCUGUUAUGGUCAACAUUAAUUGUGUAUUCUAUAUCACACCGGAUGAAUAAUAUUGGGUAUAUGUCUGUGUAUCUAGAUUAUUCUGUGUUGGAAUUAGGCUUCAUGCUGCAGCUCCUCAGUUGCUGCACAAAUACCGCAAUUUAUGCGGUAACCCAGACUAAGUUCAGAGAGCAACUGAAGAAUGUGCUGAAAUACCCCUUUAUACAAAUUCAGUCAAUCUAG